AGUCAUGUGUUGCAUGCAUGCCUAAUUGUUAUUUUUAAAUGGCUAAACAAUUCCUCUGUUAAUAAAGAAAUUAUAGAUAAAAUAUGUUGAUAUAAUAGGUGACUUAACUCUGUGCUGUGUAAUUUUCUUUGAUUGUAAAGUCACUUAAAUACAUUUCAUUGUCACUUAUUGUAAUUUGAAAUCAAAAGAAGUAAUUAUUUGUGAUCAAAAUUUGGAGAUUAAAAAUAUUUGAUGCAAUGAUAAGUAGACUAGAGAGAAAGAUGGAUGCAGAUUUUAUGCACUUGGAGUUUCUUGAUAAACGAAUUCGCAAACCACUUGGAUCAAAUGCGAAUCAAAACGAUGCAACUUUUCAAAUUGGCAACGAAGAUGCUAGUAUUGGUCCCUAUAAAACCAAUCGAAAAUUAGUGAUCUCAAGCAGCAACCAAAAUGAAUCUACCUUUCAAAUUGGACAUGAAGAUGCAAAUAUUGGUCCUUCACGUACAAGUAAAAAAGUUUUUCAAAUUACAUCAAAUGAGCAUCCACCAUAUGGGGUUGAUGCCAAAGAAGUUUCAUUCAAAUCACCUAUUGGAGAGGUUAAAUCCCCAUUUAAGUUAGAAAAAACCAAUGCUGCCAAGCUAACAUCUGCACAGAAACUCGUUUUUGCCGCACCUCGGCGUAAUUAUGACUUUACUUACAAUAAGCAACAAGCAAAAGAUGCACUUUCAGAAAUUAGCAAAGGCUUGUCCCCUGCUAGAGCAACAGAAAAUAAUUUUUCAUAUCAGUCAGCAUCUCAUUCAAAUGGGCAUGAAAUUUCUGACAAUUCUCCUACAUACUAUGAUAGUAACAGUCAACCAAAUCAACAAACCUACACUUAUGGAUACCAAACUCCUUCUAGGGAACAACAUUAUCAAAAUGCACCAGUUGCUGGAAAUAGCCCUUUCUCACUAAAGCCAUUAGCACGUACCUCUUCAGAACCAACUCUUAAUGUGACAGAACAAGAAGAUAUCUCAGUUAGAAGAGCAGGUAGUCGAAAACCUGAUCCAGUUUCAUAUCACAAAACAUCUUACUUUCAGUCUGUCUCCGAAGCAGAAAAGAACAGAAAUGCAAUGCGAUCCCCUCCCUUAAAUAGUGGUUAUUACAGCGAUGACGACCAUUACAUUACGCCAAAGCAAGCUCAAAAGCUAACUUAUGAAACACCUGCACCAAAAAAACGUGAACGGAUACUUUCUCAAGAUGCUUACAAACAGUUUCAUCACUCCAAUAUUGUCAUCACGCAACCUGGACCAUCACCAGGAUAUCGUUCACCUCCAGUUGAUCAUAACAAUGACCGUGCUUUACGUACAUCUAGAUUUGUUGCUACUUCUCCAUCACAUAGUGAUUAUGGAAAUUAUAAUGUGUCUACAACCCAAAAUGUACCCAUGGCAGGUGUCCCUUCCUCUCGUGGAGAUGCUGUAGCCCACAGUAUGGGUUACAAUUAUAACGAUCUUAUUUCACCACGUGGUUCUGUUGGUGGAAAUUCUGAUGAUACUAUGUCACAGAUGGAAGAAGCCUUUGAUAAUUUUUCAAUUCACUCGUAUUCAAGUAGAGGUAGAAACCAGAACAAGUUUUCCAAGACUAUGCAAACUAAACUUUUGGUACAAGGUGGCCAUGUUGUAAAUGAAGAUCGCAUGUUUGAAGCUGAUGUUUACAUUGAAGAUGGAAUCAUCAGAGAAGUGAGGAAAGGUAUUGUACCAGGUGAUGGCGUAAGAGUAGUUGAUGCACGUGGAAAGUAUGUAAUGCCAGGCGGUAUUGACACGCAUACGCAUAUGCAACUGCCGUUUAUGGGUACAGUUGCUGCAGAUGAUUUUUAUCAUGGUACCAAAGCUGCAGUGGCUGGGGGAACAACUAUGAUAAUUGAUUUUGUGAUUCCACAGAAAGGUGAAUCAUUGGUUGCUGCCUAUGAAAAAUGGCGUGCUUGGGCAGAUCCUAAAGUUUGUUGUGACUAUAGUUUUCAUGUUGCUGUAACAUGGUGGAAUGAAAAAGUCCAUGACGACAUGCGUAAACUCACUUCUGAUUAUGGUGUUAACUCGUUUAAAUGUUUUAUGGCGUACAAGGAUGUGUUUAUGUUGCGUGAUGAUGAAUUAUUUUAUGCUUUUAAAGCAUGCAGACAGUUUGGAGCAUUGGCACAAGUUCACGCUGAAAAUGGCGACCUUAUUGCAGAACAAUCCAAGAAGAUGAUUGAGCUUGGUAUAACAGGACCUGAGGGCCAUGAGAUGUGUAGACCAGAACAAGUUGAAGCAGAAGCAACACAACGAGCUAUUGUUAUAGCUGACCAGGCAAGUUGUCCGAUCUAUAUCGUGCAUGUUAUGAGUAAAAGUGCAGCUGACUGUGUUAGUAAUAGUCGUCGCAAAGGUUUUGUUUGUUUUGGUGAACCGAUUGCUGCAGGACUUGGUGCAGAUGGAACACACUACUGGCAUCGUUGCUGGAGACACGCCUCAGCCUAUGUGAUGGGUCCACCUCUUCGACCAGACACGAGUACACCUGGAUAUUUGAUGGAUCUACUUGCUAAUGGCGAUUUAUCUUGUACAGGCACAGAUAAUUGUACAUUCAAUGCAAACCAGAAAGCUUUGGGUAAAGACGACUUUAGAGCAAUUCCGAACGGAGUAAAUGGUGUGGAAGAUCGUAUGUCAGUGAUUUGGGAGAAGGGCGUGCAUACUGGUAAAAUGGACGCAAGUCGAUUUGUAUCUGUGACCAGUACGACAGCAGCGAAAAUCUUUAAUCUCUAUCCACGUAAAGGUAUUAUUGCAGUUGGUUCGGACGCUGAUAUUGUUGUGUGGGAUCCAAAUGGUACAAGAACUAUCUCUGCAAGAACUCAUCAUCAUGCUGUGGAUUUUAACAUCUUCGAAGGUAUGUUAUGUCACGGUGUAACAGAUGUCACGAUUUCCCGUGGAAAAGUUGUUUACGACCGCAAGAACGGGUUAAGCGUGAUUGGUGGAGACGGCAGAUUUGUACCACGUGCUUGCUUCGCACCAUAUGUUUACAGUCGACAGUUUCUGAGGGAAAAGGCUAAUGUACCACAAAAGGUUGAGCGCGAACCAUACACUGGACCAGUCAUCAAAUUACCUUAAAGAUGGAUUUGAUUGGCUUGUUUCAAGAUUCAAGUGGACAUAUAUCAACCUUAUGCAUACAACACAAACUAGAGAGAACCAAGAAGCAGAUAUUUUUGUAAUGAUAUAGUCACGUGAUUUAAUAAGAAAUCCACUUUGCUUUUUGGCAAGUAUUGGAUCAUGAAUCAUAGAUACGCCAAUCGUAACGUUUUUCUAAAAUCACUUUGCGCUGCAGAAAUACCGUAAUACUCGAUUAAGCCUCCCGGGGGAUUCUUAUUUGUCAUUAAUAUUUGACAGAAUGUGGAGGUUUAUUUAAAUUAUUUUUUAAAAUAUUAGUGUCCACGUUAGUGUCCAAGGUAGUUACUUACAUAAAAAUAUCUGAGCAUUAUCAUGGAAUGUAUUUUUCCUCUAAAAUAA